AUGGAUCGGAUGAAGUCAAAGGAAGAGAUAAAGGUAAGGAACGGGAAGAAGAAGGCUGUGUUGAUUGGAUUGAAGCAUCCACGAAUUAACACGGAUAUCAAAGGACUCAUUAUGAGGAUGAAAAAGAAUCUCAUUGAACUGCGUGGAUUUCCAGAAAAUAACAUCACUCUCCUGAUUGAAGAUGAAGAAUCCUCCUACGUUCAGCCCACUCAAAAAAACAUAAUAAGUGCGUUGUGCGACCUGGUUUAUCAUGCUAACCCAGAUGACAUCCUCUUCAUCUAUCUCAUAGCCCAUGGAUGCAAACCAGGAAGGAUGGUUACUUCUGAUAAACUAACUCUCUCAGAUUAUUUUUUCGGAAAACUUCUUGGCAACCGGGAGUGUACUCUAACAUUUGUAUCAGAUUGCCAAAUUGAAAUUGAACGUGCCAGGAAACCUAUUUGUUGUAGUCUCUCAACAGAGAAAUCAGAUACAGAUACCUGGAUAGAUCCUAAAGAUUAUUAUAACAACGAGUUAAUAAGAAAGAUCAUAGGGCAUGAUCCAAAGUUUUUCAAGACAGAUUGUAAAUGUUUUACUUCGCACUCGGGCAAUUUGUCUCGUGUCAAUAUUCUUAAGGAUGAGAAAAAUGAAGAUGUGAACAAGAAGAGGAAGAGGAAGAGAAAGUGGAUUUCAACAGAAAGCAGAAAAUCACCUCAUAUUCUUGCAGCUCUGUUCACUCCUUUCGUAUACGACCAAAACUGCACGAAGAAAGAUAGACACGAACGUCUUUUGAGUGAUUUACCAAAAUUACUCUUCCCCCCACCGGAGGUAGCUUCUUCCAGAACCACUUCACCUCCUUGCACGGAACACACAUCAUAUGGAGGUUUUACCAAUGUCAUGCUCGAUAUAAUUGAAGAGACUCAUGGUCAGCAAUGA